AUGGUGCUCAACGAACUUGGUCAGAAGAUCAGCCAAGCGCUGUCUAUGAUACAGAAUGCAGAAAGCAUCGACGAAAAGGUGCUGGAUGCAUGCCUGAAGGAAAUCGUGACAGCGCUGCUGCAAGCUGAUGUGAAUGUACGGCUCGUGGGGAAGCUACGAGACAAUGUGAAGACGCGCGCGAACAAUGCUGACAAGGGCGCUGGGCUGAACAAGCGCAAGAUCAUCGAGAAGGCGGUGGUGGAUGAGCUCUCCAGCAUGCUCAGCAGCGGCGUGGAUGAGAAGAAGCUGGUGGACCUGAAAAAGGGCCAGCCCAAUGUCAUCAUGUUUGUGGGCCUCCAGGGUGCUGGUAAGACGACAACGUGUACAAAGUACGGCGCGUAUUACAAGAAGAAGGGGUUCAAGCCUGCGCUAGUCUGUGCAGAUACCUUCAGGGCAGGUGCCUUCGACCAGCUCAAACAGAACGCCACAAAGAUGCAGAUCCCGUUCUAUGGGUCCUACACAGAGACGGACCCUGCAGUGAUCGCUGCCAAGGGAGUGGAGGAGUUCAAAAAGGCCAACCACGACCUCAUCAUCGUGGAUACGUCUGGGCGGCACAAGCAGGAGGACUCGCUGUUUGAGGAAAUGCGGCAGGUGUCAGUGAUGACAAAGCCUGACCUCAUCAUCUUUGUCAUGGACGGCAGCAUUGGGCAGGCUGCGGAGGACCAGGCCAAGGCCUUCAAGGACACUGUGGAGGUGGGAGCUGUGAUCCUGACAAAGAUGGAUGGGCAUGCCAAGGGAGGUGGGGCGCUAUCGGCGGUGGCGGCCACCAAGUCGCCCAUUGUGUUCAUCGGAACGGGAGAGCACAUGGAUGAGUUCGAGCGCUUUGAGCCCAAUGCCUUUGUCGGACGGCUGCUUGGCCGAGGCGACUGGCGCGGCUUCGUCGACAAGAUCUCGGAGGCGGUGCCGGAGGACGCGAUGAAGGAGGAGUUGAUGGACAGCCUGAGCAAGGGCAACUUCACAAUGCGCAUCCUGUACGAGCAGCUGGCAAACAUCCAGAAGAUGGGCCCUGUUGGCCAGGGCAAGGAGAAGGAGAGUGCGGCGCGCAUAAAGAUGUUCAUGACGAUAAUGGACAGCAUGACGGACAAGGAGCUGGAUUGCCCCAACCCCAAGGUGCUGCAGGAGCAAUCGCGAGUCAUGCGCGUCGCCCGCGGCGCCGGCUGCAACCCCUACUGCGUCCUCGAGCUGCUUGAGGAGUACAAGCGGAUACGGGCACUCAUAAUGGGUCCCGGCGGCAAGGGCAAGGGCUUCAUGCAGCAGAUGAGCAAGCAGAUGGGGAACAGCCGCGGCGCCAUGAACCCCCACAACAUGCAGAUGAACAUCCAGCAGAUGUCGCGCAUGCUGCCACCCCAGGUGCUGAAGCAGAUGGGAGGUGCUGGAGCGCUGCAGGGGCUGCUCAAGCAGAUGGAGGGCAUGAAGUGAUUUGUUGGGAAGAGUUGGCGUUGUGUAUGUACACAGUAGAACAAAACUGUAGCGAGCUGCUCUCAGAAGGAUAAGCUGGACCAAGUUCUUACAACACUCUGCGUUGGUGCCAAGCCCAAUAACAUCUGUAUGAAUGCAACGCCAUGUGCCUUUGGGUCGCAAGUGCUGUGGCUCAAGCGCAUGUGGGAUGUAAGGAAAUGAAUGUCUCAAGAAGUUACCAAUGUACAGAAUUAAGUCAUUCAUAUGUGAAUGCCUUCUUUAGGUCAGGCCCUCACAUCUAAUGCUGCAGAUCCUGAUGUCCACAGCGCACAGAUCAAUGAGCUCCUGGUGCCCCGUUGAAGCGACUGGCAGCUCCCUCACUGGACGACCGACGGUGCCUAAUACGGACACGCUCACAGUAGCGCUCAGCCAGCCACUCGCAGCUUCUGUGAACACCUCUGGUGCCCUGCUGCCCCACUAGGAUCCCUCCAUCGUAUCUUAAUCCCCCAAAAAUUCCCCUUCAAUCCACCAGCCGACUAGUAAGCAUCCUCUCACGGCGACGCAGGCUGGCUGACCAGCUGCAAAGUCUGCAGCUCGCGCAUCAGGCGGCGCUCCGCCACAAGCCCAAACGCCGGGGGUUCCUCCGGCAGGCUCCAAGCCACCGCCACCGGGCGGCCCGCGCGCUUGGCCAGCCGCUGCGCCAGGCUGGCGCUGCUUCCUUCGUUCGCUCCCCUGACCAGCGUCGCCACUGGCGGCAUUCCCCUUGCCGCGCCU